AUGUCCCAGGAACAGCAUGGCGACCGGGAAUCCUUUUUGGGAACAACAUCACGGAAUGUGCCUCAGCCCAACAUUGUCCAUAAGCACAACCAGGACGUUCUGCAACAAUCCAAAGGCGAAGACCACACAGUCACACACACACAUCGAUUAAGUCUGCGCCGCUAUCCCAGGGAUUGCCCCCCUUUGCGAGUAAGAUGGUUCUAUGCCGUGGACUCCCCUAAAUGGAAACCCCAGUUGUGGGAUCAAAAGAAGGACGCCUCAAAAACCCCGCCCCCUCCUAAGAAAUUCGUUCCCUUUUCUUCCAAAGACUCCCACGCGAUCGAGACCGCUUUCCAAAGGCUUUCAGAUAUCGAGGCGGCGCACGAACAAUCCAAACACUCCGAAAAGAGCGGCAUGCCGCAGGGCAGUACUGCAAAAGUAGCUGUUAACGAAGACUAUCUCUUCGACGUGGAUGUGGAACGGAGGGAGCUUUGCCCGGCUUACUGGGUAGGGCCCGUUUACGAAGUCCGUCGUGGGACCUGGUUCUUCCAGGAUGGAUCUUCAAUAAAGCCAUGCGAGGAAAACCUAGCCACGCAACUCGAAGAGGGAUACCUCAAAGUGAAACCAUGGCGGUUCCACGAUAUCCACGACACCUCCACGCAGCCCUUCACGCAGCCCUCCACGCACUCAAAGUCUUUUGACACAGCAGCGCCUGGGCUUUUGCCGAAUUCAAUCGGGCAUACGGCACCUGUCUCGCCUGGUGGACUCCCGAAUCAUCGUCUCUUUGGUGCAUAUAUGAGAAGUAUCGUAACCUAUCAGGACCACUCGGCGGCAUUGAUCACAAAUGAUGAUUUCAUGUCGCGAGUGAGCACAACGGUGUACCAGAAAUUAGGCGGAGUGCCCGGUACAAAAAUAGUUCGUGGGUUUAUAGACUCUGGGAAAGAAAAGGGCAUCUCGAACACGCGGAGACCAGCAGAAGAGCUGUUGCCCGAGACACCCGUGGAAGGACUGGAGGCUCAUGAGGCAAACACCUAUGGCUCAGUGGAUGCCAGGGCAGCUUACAGCCAAUAUUCUCAUAGAAGCUCUACAGGCGACAUAUCAAAAUCCACGCUGGAGCAGCAGAUGUCCUCCCUAACGGGUGAAACCCAAGACGAGGCGCAGCUUGAAGAACAAGCACGCAGACAGGAGGAAAAAGAGAUGGAGGAUUCCCGAGAAGUCGACAACGAGGACAGGGAGCGACAGAUUGAUCAUCUGGUCCUUGUCACACAUGGAAUUGGCCAGCGGCUUGGGCUACGAUUGGAGAGCAUAAACUUCAUACACGACGUGAAUGUUUUACGAAAGACCAUGAAAAAUGUUUAUAAAGCCUCACCUGACCUGCAGGCUCUCAACUCUGCAUUCGCGGAUAACUACACAAACUGCCGUGUUCAAGUACUUCCUGUGUGUUGGAGACACCUGCUUGACUUCCCAUAUCGAGGAGCGAGACAUACUCGUAAAGAGCUCGAUCUUGCUGAUGCUGAUUCUUCCGAUGACGAUUUGUUCCCCAGCCUAGCUGAUAUCACUUUAGAAAGUGUACCGGCCGUUCGAAAUUUAAUAUCUGAUCUGGCGAUGGAUGUUCUUCUAUAUCAGAGCGAUUAUCGUGAGCAUAUAUCCAACAUCGUCAGUCAGGAAAGCAAUCGAAUUCUCAAGCUCUUCAAGGAGAGAAACCCAUCCUUCAGCGGAUCGGUUAGUCUCUGCGGUCACUCACUUGGCAGUGCUAUUUUCUUUGAUAUUCUUUGCCGCGAGCAGCCUGGUCGCGAGUCUGAUCAGAAGACCUCCGUAGAAAAAACAAAUACACCAGAAAACAGAUCACGGAAUCAGCAACUGCAUUUUGAAUGCGAGGAGCUUUUCUGCCUUGGGUCUCCUAUUGCCCUUUUCCAGAUGCUUAAAGGAAAGACGAUUGCAGGCAGGUCGGCGCCAGGCAUUAGCAGAUCCGGACUGCCGCUUUACUCUGCUGAAGAAACAGAGGGAAUUGAAUAUUUCGAUACUCAAAACAUGGUGUCUUCCCCGAAAUGCCGCCGAUUGUACAACAUCUUUCACCCAUCUGAUCCAGUGAGUUAUCGUAUCGAGCCUCUUAUAUCACCGGCAAUGUCUUCAUUAAGGCCGCAGCCUUUACCUUCUGUGAAAAAGAGCCUAUGGUCUACAUCUGGCCAAAGCCUUUCAAUAAUAGGUAGUCGCGUGGGGCAGAGUGUUGGAUCUCUGUGGAACAACUUUACUUCUGGUGUUGCGAGUAGUCUGCUCAACCGCAGUCUUGGUCUAAAUCCUGACGAUGACACAUCUCAAAUUUCCUCGAGCGAGGGCAUUCAAAUGCAACAGUCCAAGUCAUCUCCUGAUGGAGACAUUGCAAAUCCUCAUCCUGACCGGCACCCUACUCUUAUAGACUCGGGCUUAGAAACACUCUAUGAAGGUUUCCAGAGGACUCGGAAAGACGAAAGACAGGAGUCUUUGAACCCCAGCGGCAAUUCAUCUAUGGAGGAUGAAGGACCAGAUGAUCGAUUGAAAAAAAUACGAACCGAAGAUGCCAAAGUGAGAGCACUCAACAAUAAUGGACGGGUUGAUUACAGUAUUCAAGAAGGAGCUUUUGAUAUAUCUUUGAUUGCUAGCAUCGCUAGCCACUUGACUUACUGGGCAGAUGAAGAUGUCAGCCACUUUUUGCUUUCCCAAAUGCUAUCUAAGAAACGGCCUCAUUAAGGCGACUUGAGAACGACGCCAAGUUUCUCUACUUCAAUCCCUAUCCCUGGGGCCAAUUUUUUCAAGCAAGCGAAACCUAGGUAGCAACGAGCGUUCACGUGUGCCACAAGCCUAACAAGAAUUUGAUUUGCCUAUUCGAACUGAUCAAAGAUAACCCCCCCUCCACAGACAUAAAUUCCACGCCAGGGGAAUGUUUACUUGAUGUAACUAAAUAGAUAGUUAUUUGAGCUCUCGUAAAUUUUAGAGUGGGG